CCGCGAGCCCCUUCCGGGGCUCGGCUCAACCGCAUCCUCCCCGCGCCCGGCGCUCCUCGUCGACGCCGCCGACCAACACGACGUUUCGCAGGCUCGCACCCCACGCCACCACCGAAUCCCCCUCUCGCCGACGCAGCACGCGACCCACCCGAUGCCGCCGCCCGACUCCGCCUCCACGCGCUCCUCCCUCCCGCUCGCCGCUACCCUGAUGACCGACCCGACCCCCUCCCCAACCUCCGCCGCGCCGCCUCCCAACCCCCUCGCCGCGGCAUCCUCCUUCUUCCACCACCACCUCUCCCGCCUGGCCUCCCACCUCACCGCCCCGCGCCCGGCCCUCGCCGCGGCGGCGGCGACCCGCGCGCCGGGGCCCCAGGGCGCGUCGCUCUCCCUCGCGCUCGCGCCUGAUGAGGUCGCGCGCGCGCUCACCGGCACGCCCGUCUUCACGGUCUGCAACUCCAACAACGAGUUCGUGCUCGUUUCCGACCCCGCCACCGGCCUCCGCUCCCUCGGCCUGCUCUGCUUCCGUUCCGAGGAUGCCAACGCCCUUCUCUCACAUGUGAGGACGCGGCAACCGGUGUUAGGGAGGGGAGCGAAAGUAGUGCCUAUUACACUUGAUCAGGUUUAUAUGUUGAAGGCUGAAGGUAUCGCAUUCCGGUUCUUACCUGACCCGCUUCAAAUAAAAAAUGCACUGGAGCUGAAAUCAGGCUUAACUGCUUUUGAUGGUGUUCCUGUUUUUCAGUCAGAUCUGCUGGUUGUGAAAAAGCAGAAGAAGCGCUACUGUCCAAUAUAUUUUCAAAAGGAAGACAUAGAAAGGGAACUUACAAAGGCGUCUAAAUCUUCAAGAGGGUCAGCCUUGUCUAAGCAAAUUAUGGUUGGGAGUUUGGAGGAUGUCCUGAGGAAAAUGGAGAUAAAUGAUAGAAAUUCGGGUUGGGAUGAUUUGAUCUUCAUUCCCCCUGGGAAGAGCCUCAACCAACAUAUCAAUGAAGUAUCAGCGUGAUUUUGUUCCACGGUGAUUGCUCAGAGUUUGGUUAGCUUUCUUUUUUUAAUAUUUAUUUUGAUUAGCUUUGUCAGGGAAAAUUUUCGUGUCAACUGAUAAAAAUAUGUCUGAAAUAGUUUCUGCAUUAUUUCUAUUCACAAACACUAAUACGUGUUCCCCAGGAAGACUAACAAAAAGUUCGGAUCACAAUGGCUAGAUUGCCUUGAAA